AUGACGGGAGCAGAGAAAACAAUCGGGGGCGGGGGCGGGCCCGGGGCCCUGUGCCUGCCCACAGCCCCCUGCGGCACUCGCGGCCCCCCGUCGGGGCCCAAAGUGCCGGGAAACCAAGUGCCCGAGGUGCCCGGCCAUGCGGGGAGAGCCGGUGGGGGCGGGGCAGAGGGAGGCCAGAACGGAGGGGGUCGGGGAGCCAAGGGUCCAGGAGGGGGCUGGGCCUGCUUCCCCCGGGGCCACUUGCGAGUGGUCUCGUGGGCCGGACCCUUCCCCUCCCUGCUCUGGAACUCGGGGGGAGCUGGGAACACAGAGCAGAGAACUCAGCACCCCAAGGAGACGGGCAGCCUGGAAUGGGAGAAUUCUGAGCUGGGGGGCCGAGAACGGGGGGCGUCGGGGCUGGGGGGCCGAGAACGGGGGGCGUCGGGGCUGGGGGGCCGAGAACGGGGGGCAUCGGGCUGGGGGGGCUGA